AUAUGUCAAAAUAUACUUUUCAUCGACCUUAGAGUGAAAUCAAAAAUGCGUUGUUCUUGGGGCGUUCCUGAACUUUUACUCUCACAUCUUUCUAAAAAGGUUGGACUAACUGUCUCGAGAUGGCCUUUAUUGUUUAUUAUACCCCCAAUAAUAGUUACAAUAGCCCUUGGAGCUGGAGUUCACAAAUUUAAAAAGAGGAAUGAUGUUGAAUAUCUGUACACACCAGAAAAUUCUGAGGCUAAAAAAGAUAGAGCAUUUGUGCAAAGUUUAUACUUUGAGAAUUUUACACAUGUUGAUCCUGUUCGAAAUACAGAAAUGGGACCAUCUGGAUCGUUAAUAGUUCGAAAUAAAGAACGCUCAAACAUUUUUACGGAGGAAUAUAUGAGAAAGAUUAUAGAUUUAAACAAUUAUGUAAGAAAUUUUUCCUUCAAAUAUAACGGCAGAACGAUAAGUUACGAAGAUGUUUGUACGAAGAGGGGUAGUUCGUGUGAUGUUAAUAUUUUUCUAACGGGUAUAUUAAAUGAUGAUGCCAGCAACGUAAAUAAAAUAGAUAUAAAUUAUCCUCUUUUCAAGGUGCCUGGCACAAACUUUUCAUUUUUAAUCGCUAAUUCAUUGGGUGCAGUCAAAUUAAACAAUGGACUUGUCAGAGAGUUCGAAGCUAUGAGUCUAAAUUUUGGUGUUAAAGAUUCAACGGAUGAACAUGACGCUUGGAUUGAUCAAUUUCUUGAAGAAAUUGGAAAAUAUAAUGCUGAGAAUUUAGUUAUUGAAAAAUUUAGUAGCAAGAGUCUAUCUAGUGAGCUAUCAAGAGCUGCUCAGGCAAUUGUUAAGCUUUUUGUUGUCUUAUUCAGUGUACUUAUCGGUUUUGCGGUCAUAACUCAGAUAUUUCCUGGCGAUUGGGUACAAAGUAAACCCAUUUUGGCUUUUAUGAGCAUUCUUUCAGCUGUUAUGGCUGUCAUAACUGGCUAUGGAAUAAUGGGAUGGGCUAAUGUACCCUUCAUAGAUAUUCUAUUAAUUUGUCCUUUUUUGGCUGUAAGUAUUGGUUGUGACAAUAUGUUUGUGUUAGUUGCUGCUUGGCGAUCAGCAAAGCCAACGCUUUCAGUUGCUGAAAAAAUGGAAGAAAGUUACGGAGAGGCUGCUGUAGCAAUUACUAUUACAACUAUUACAGACGUUCUUGCGGUUGGUAUCGGUGCUAUCACUUCAUUUCCAAGUGUAAGAAUAUUUUGUGGAACUCUAUCAUUGAUGCUUUUCAUUAAUUAUGUUUAUCAGAUAUCGUUCUUUGGUGGUCUUAUGGUUUAUUUCGGAAAGAGAGAGCAUUCAAAUCGCCAUUGUUUCACAUUUAUGAAAGUUCCGACAAAGACUAAAGCUACUAGCGAAGAGAGAUCAAGUAUUUAUAAAGUAUUUUGUGUGGGCGGUAUUGAUAGAAGUGACUGUAAGAAAGAUGUUGAGAAACCAAUCCAUUUACCAACAUAUUUCUUUAAGGAAUACUUUUCUCUCGUUUUCCUUAAACCAUGGUCUCGUAUAAUGAUUGGCCUAUUAUAUUUGGCAUAUCUAGGUGUUACUAUUUAUGGCUGUACAAAGAUAAAGUCGGGUCUUGAAUUAAAAAAAUUGGCACCAGAUGACUCCUACGUUUCACCGUAUUAUGAAGAAAGGGACGCUUAUUUUCAAGAUUAUACCAAUCCAGUAGCUAUAGUUAUAAAAAGUCGUUUAGAUUAUUCCAAACAGGAAAAUAUACACCUUAUUAACUCUGUCAGAGAUAAUAUCAAAAACUCCCAAUAUUAUCAUUCCACUUAUCUCGGUUACGAUUGGUUAUUGGACUUUGAAAAAUUUAAAGCGAAUAAUAAUCAGCCCAUUGGAACGGAAGAAGAAUUUUGCAAUACGGUGAAAGAUUAUUUCCUAAAAGUACCUGAGUAUUCAAAUUAUGCUAGAGAUAUUCUAUUUAACGAAGACGGAAAGAGUAUUCGAUCGUCAAGAUUCUACAUCUUUCAGAAUAGAACUGUUGGUACUAACAAGUUAACAACUGCUGCAGAAAAGGCAAGAGAUGUUGUUAAAGAUAGUAAACUGGAUGCUUUAACCUUUGCACCCAUGUUUAUCUUUGUUGAUCAGUAUCUUCAGGUUUUACCCAACACUCUAACCAAUAUUGGAAUAGCUACACUAGCAAUUCUCAUUAUUGCUAUUAUUUUUAUACCAAAUUUCUUUAGUGUAUUGAGCGUUACUUUAUCGAUUAUUUCCAUAUCUGCUGGAGUAAUUGGAUUUAUGUCUCUGUGGAAUGUCAAUAUUGAUACAAUAUCGAUGAUUAACCUGGUCAUUAGUAUUGGAUUUUGCGUUGAUUUCAGCGCCCAUAUAUGUUACGCCUUUGUCAAAAGCACAUCUCGAACUGGCUUUGAGAAAUGUAAAGAAACCUUUGAAAAAGUAGGCUAUCCAGUUUUGUUGGGAGGAAUUUCAACAAUUUUGGGUUUGACUGCCUUAUCAGCGGCAAAUAUCUAUAUAUUUAGAGCCUUUUUCAAGACAAUGCUCUUAGUUAUGUCCUUUGGUUUAAUGCAUGGGCUUUUAUUUUUACCUUGUAUUCUAGUCACAUCUUAUGAAAUUCGAUCCAAAUUAACCAAAACUGAAGAUAUUAAUAAAGUCGAAGAGAUAUCCUAUAUAGAAAAAGGGAGAGAUAAUCUAGGAAAUAAUAUAGAAGAAGAUUCUAUCAACACAAUACUAUAG